GACAUCUACCGUUUUGAGCAACAGUAAACUUGAAAAACAAAAAUCUAUAAAAGAAAGUGCUCCCAAAAAUGGUGAGGUAUCCGCUUCGAGCAUUUAUACAGCCUGCAAUUCUGCGCCGCUUGUGUGAUAAGCCCAAGCUGAGCAACAAGCCCUCGAACACCCCUCGCCCACCAAAGGAUCCGCCGGAUGAGGGCUACCAGCCGACCAGUGUCGACCACGAUGGCAUAGACGUGGCCCCGUUUGUGAGACCCUCUUCCUUCCGCCAGUUCAGUGGACCCGACGAGAAGCUGGGACCAGGAGCAGGCAAAGCCCUGCCCUACAAGAACUCCUGCUACUUCGGCUAUCAUCGGUUCUCGUUUAUGGAACUCAUGAGCACGGCUGUGGAGCUGCGCGACGAACGUCGACUGGACGGAGGACUCCAGGCAUCCAUUGAGGCCGACGAAGAAUCCGAGAGUGGCGAUAACCAACUGGAGACCAUGAAGAAACUGGAAGGCGAGUGCGAUGCGAUACUGGCCAACCAGGCCAAGCAAGCCGAGAAGGCCAAGGAGAAGUGUCUGCAGGACAUGAGCGAGGAGGAGCUGAAGGAGUGGUGCAAGCAAAAGGAGGAGGACAUCAAGAAGAAGGAACAGGAAAAGAAAGAUGCCAAGUGCUCGCCCAAGGAGAAGAAUAUCCAGGACAUGAGCGAGGAGGAGCUGAAAGUGUGGUGUCAGAAAAAGGAAGAGGACAUCAAGAAGAAGGAACAACUAAAAAAGGACGCGGAAGCGAAGGACUGUAAGGAGAAACAAAAUACUGAAGCUGCUGAAAAGACCAAGUGUGAAUCCGAUGAAAACAAAAAGGAUUAGAAAGGAUUAGUGAUCUUUGGAAAAUUUACAAUAUUAACAAAAAAUGCACGAGACAAUUGAAGCAAAAUA